CUAAACCCCAUUGGCCAUUUCCUCUAAUCCCAUUUUCAACUUCAUACAAAAUCCCCCCUUCUCUCUCUCUCUGUCUCUCUCCCCCCUCUGGUUUCCGAAGACGGAGGAAGAAGACGACGACCGCCGCUGUUUCUCAUUGUCGUGUCGAUGACGACAGUUAAAGUUAGCAAUGUCUCCUUAGGAGCAACUGAGCGGGACAUCAAGGAAUUUUUUUCAUUUUCUGGAGAUAUUGAAUAUGUUGAAAUGCAGAGUGAUACUGAGCGGUCUCAAAUUGCAUAUGUAACAUUUAAGGAUUCUCAGGGAGCAGAGACUGCCAUGCUUCUCUCGGGUGCAACAAUAGUUGAUAUGUCCGUGAACAUUGCUUUGGCUCCGGACUACAAGCUGCCUCCUGCUGCUAUGGCUCCACCAGUAAUAGAAAACAAAGCUCCCGGUGGUGCUGAGUCAGCUUUCCGUAAGGCAGAGGAUGUUGUGAGCAGCAUGCUCGCUAAAGGCUUUAUACUAGGCAAAGAUGCAGUCGGCAAAGGAAAGUCCUUUGAUGAGAAGCAUCAGUUGACUUCGACGGCCUCAUCAAAAGUAGCUUCAAUUGAUAAAAAGAUAGGACUCAGCGAAAAAAUUGGUGUGGGCACAGCUGUCGUGAGCGAGAAAAUAAGUGUUGGAACAGCUGUAGUGAGCGACAAAGUCCGGGAAGUGGAUCAGAAGUUUCAGGUCUCGGAAAAGACAAAAUCGGCUUUUGCUGCUGCCGAGCAAACUGUGAGCAAUGCUGGUUCUGCUAUAAUGAAGAACCGGUAUGUAUUCACUGGGGCUUCGUGGCUCACUGGUACUUUCAACAAGGUCGCAAAGGCUGCAGGGGAAGUUGGGCAGAAGACGAAAGAGAAGAUGGAAAAGGCGGAAGAGGAACAGAAGAGGAAAGUUGUGGACGACUUUGCCCAAGUCCAUUUAUCGGAUUCACCAGAGCAGAAGCCCUCGAAGCCUGAACCAGUUCAAGGUUUGAUUCUGUGAUCUCUACUGUGUAAAGACUAUAUACUAGCUUGGGCCUUGAACUGUUGCUGUUCAAACGCAAACGCAUACUUUCCUUUACUCAAAGGUUCGAAAUUGUGGCAUGUUGCUCAUAGCUUAAUAUGAUCGUCCGAUGUCCAACUUUUCCUCGGCAUCUGUGAUUUGUGAUGGCGUUCUGAUGAGCACAAUGUCAUGCUCAACAAUGAAUGAUCAGGACAGAGAACAUUUGUCAA